GGUACAGUGUGGUUUUAAACAAACCAAAAAAAAAUUCUCUUAAAAGAAGGAGGAAAAAUUAAAAAGAUAGAGUUUAAAAGAAAUUGUCAUGUAUACAGUUUUACUAGGAAAAUUAUAUCAAUUUAUAUUUUUUUAGCACAUUGACCAGUGAAUGGGGAGGAUCUGUGGUUGAUUACUUAAGGACAAAAUUUUGCUGCCGGUCUUCCAUCGAGUGCUAGUGUAGUUUGAAUUUAAUGCAUUUGAAGACAAACCACGUUUACAGUAACAAAAAAAUGUUACAGUAAAAUAGUAAUUUUGGAUGUACAUUUAAACUAAUGAAAUAGGAUCAGCUGUCCAAAAUUUCAACUUUUUUUAUCUAUUGUUUUUACUGGUAUUGUAAGGAUUUUGACAUUUUGUGUGAAAUAAUGACAUUUCAAACCACUUACACAUGUGUGAAAGUGGGAAAUAUUUGAAAGCACUGCGACUUCUGCAGAACAACUGUUUUCUCUCAGACUUGUAAACAUCAUAUGAUGUCUGUUUCAUGAAUUGAGUUAGAUUCUUGUAAUAAUUCCAGCCGGUUUUUGCAUUGUUUUCCUCUAAACAACAGUAAUACAGCAUUAAGCCAUGGGAAUUUCCGGGAUAGUCUGUCAAAGUUUUGGUUGUUCACUGUUUCUGCACUGUGUAUUACAUGUACUUGAAAUCUAUUGGAAAUGUUUAUACAGGUGCCGUAUUGCGACACGGAAGACAUGGAUUUGCAGAACAACCUCAACAACAAUCUUGCAGUCUUACCCCACCUUGAACAUCAACUGUUGAAUUGUGGGAUAUGUCACAGAAGCUAUAACAACCCGAAAGUAUUGCCGUGUCUGCAUUCAUUCUGUGAACAGUGUUUGUAUGAUUACAUUCCCGCUGAGAGUUUGUCAGUAUCGUGUCCUGUGUGUCGGCAGCAGUCUAUUUUACCACUAGAUGGUGUCAGUGCCCUACAGGCCAACAUCUUUAUUACCAGUCUCAUGGAUGUUGUAGGGAACCUGCUAGGGGGCUUGUGUCAAUCCAAACCAUCAAAACAGGGACAUUUCUGGACUAGGUGUUUGCCUGAUCAAAAAGGAACAGAGACAUGUGGUGUUUGUGGUACGGAGAGUGCAAGACUCUGUAUCCGAUGUUCAACCUGUGACAAGAGUUUAUGCGAGACGUGUGCACAGCAGCAUAGAGACGAUGACAAUCUGAGUACACAUGAACUAGUCAGUAUUCCAGUGUGUUCCGCUUCCUCCGAGAGUGAGGAAUCUACUCUAGUCUGUCCAAACCAUGAUGGCAACUCUUUACAGUUUUACUGCACUGCUUGUGAGACUGGAGUUUGCAAGGACUGCACUACAGUGGAGCAUAUUGGACAUAAUAUCAUAUCUCUACAAGAAGCCAUAGAAGAACAUAAAUCCACACUAGCGAAUUUGAUUACUGGUGCCAAAGAUCAAAUUCCUCUUAUACAAGAUGCCAUGAAUAACAUUGCUGAAGUAUCACAGUCAUUGACUAGUCAGACAAAAAUAGCAGAAAGUAAAAUCAUAGAAACUUUCGAUGAUCUUGUACGUUUUAUGAAUGAAAGAAAAGAAACACUUUUAAAAGACUUGAAUACAAUAUACAAUAAGAAACAUGAAGUUUUGAUGAACCAGAAAGAAAAUUUAGACAAUGUGAUUACAAAAAUUAAUCAUUGUUGUGAAUUCACUGAAGAUACUUUAGAAAAUGGAAGUGAUACCGAGGUUUUACUUCUACAGAAAGAAAUGUCUGGUAAACUUCAAGAAUAUGCAUCAGGUUUGACAAGAACAGAACCAGAAGAAAAUGACUUUGUAGGCUUUGAUACAGCUCAUUGCCAAGGUUUAAAGAAAUCCCUCGGAACACUAGGUUAUAUUAAAAAUAAUAGUGCCAUAGCUUAUAAUACCACAGCAACUGGUGAAGGACUUAGACACGCUUAUGUAAAUAAACCUGGUGUAAUCAUUAUAACAACCAAAGAUUGCCAUGGUGAUCAUGUGAAAGUAGGUCAAGCAUUGAUUGAUUCUGAGCUUCAAGCUACCAAUGGUGAUAGAAUUAUUCCCGCAAUAACGGACCAACAGAAUGGAACUUAUGAACUAGUCUAUUUAUUACCAAGGGAAGACAAUUACAUGAUGUUUAUCAAAUUAUUUGGUAAACAUAUAAAAGGGUCACCAUUCAAGGUCAAGGCUGUUAAUGUUGGGGUUGAAGACCAUGGAGAAGCUUCUGGCAGCCAUUCUAAAAUUCCAAGAACUGCAGCAGUCAAACAAAAAGGGACCAAAAGACCAUCAAGUUCAAGGUCAGGAUCACAUAGAAAAAGCAAUUUGAUUGAAGAUGACCUUUUAUGGAGAGUAGGGGUCAAAGGUCGAAAUAAGGGAGAGUUUACAAAUCCACAAGGAGUUUGUUGUAUAGAUAAUAAGAUAUUGGUAGCUGACAGUAACAAUCAAGCUGCUCAAGUUUUCACACUAUCAGGUGAUUGUAAAUUAAAAUUUGGGACACCUGGUAGAAUUGCUGGCAAAAUGCAGAGGCCAACAGGGGUUGCCACUACCCUUAAUGGCAACUACUUGAUAGCAGACUAUGACAACAAAUGGAUUAGUAUUUAUGCCCCUGAUGGCAAAUACCUUAAUAAAAUCGGAACAGGAAAACUUCUGGGACCAAAAGGUGUUGCAGUAGACAGAAAUGGACACAUUAUAGUUGUCGAUAACAAGGGCAGUACUAUAUUUAUAUUCCAGUCGAACGGAAAACUGUUGUCAAAGUUUGGGUCACGGGGAAAUGGUAACCAUCAAUUUGCGGGACCACAUUAUGUUGCCGUCAAUGCAAGCAAUGAUAUAAUAGUAUCAGAUUUUCACAACCAUUGUAUAAAAGUGUUUGACUGUGAAGGGAACUUCUUGUUCAGUUUUGGGUCCAAUGGUGAGGGUAAUGGACAGUUUAAUGCACCAACAGGGGUAGCAGUAGACGAGUAUGGAAAUAUUCUGGUUGCUGACUGGGGAAAUUCGAGGAUACAGGUAUUUGAUAGUAAUGGAUCAUUCCUGAGUUAUGUAAACACAUCUGCAGACCCGUUGUAUGGGCCACAAGGACUAGCCAUUACACCAGAGGGAACAGUCGUUGUUUCAGACUCCGGGAACCAUUGUAUCAAGGUGUACAAGUAUCUACAGUAAGGCCUGGAACCAAUAUAAGUGUUGUCUCAGGCACCCGUAAACCAUUGUAUUAAAAUCUACAAGUAUUGAAAUGAAGGCCUGGAACCAAUAUGUGAGUUGUCCUAGGUUCUGUGUGCCAUUGUAUUAAGGGUGUUAUGUUCCUUUAUGAAAUCUUGCACCAAUCAUAGUUCUUGGGAAUUACUAUUAAAAUGAAGUGAGGCCUGAAACCAACACUCGUUGCCUAUGACUCUGUGACCUGACUGUGAAUCUGUGGAGAAGCUUGGAACCAGUAUGUUUAAUUGUUAUUCUUUGUGCAUUUACAAUAUGCUUCAUGUAAUGAUGUUGUUAGGAUAUGGUAAUCAAUACCUCUGCCAGUGGCAUUAUAUGUCAAGACAUUGCAUUUGUCCUCAAAACGUUUCAUAUAACGAUGACCGUAGGAAUCAUGCAGUCUACAUGUGAUAUACUAGGGUAGUGGACCUAUAAUUUAAAACUCUGCUAGUACCAUGUGAUUAUGUAUUUUUAUUAGGCAAUUUGGAAUUCUUCAGAUGUAGAGAGAGCUCCAUGUACACAUGACUUUUCAUAAAAAAUCAGAAAAUGCCAAAAUUGCAUACAGAGAAUACAUAAUUUGUUGAUGGUCACUAAGAGUUCUCUCCCUUUAUGUGUCAUUGAUGUAAAUUUGAACUCGGUAUUUAUAUGUCACAGUAACUACUUUGGUUGAGAUGGGACCAAUGUGCAUUUAGUUUUUGCUUAUUUUGAAAGAGCUUACUUAUUGAAAUUUGCACAGUACAUUUAACAAAAAUCUAAAUGAAAAUAUGUCGCAGACAUUUUAUGUCAGCAUAUUAAUUUCAAGGUGCCAAGUUAAAGUUCAUAAGUUCAGAGUUAACAAAAUUCUUUUUGAUAUUCUUAAUGUUACAUAAUCUCCAAGCUAUAUGCCAAAUUACAGCUUGCACAUCCAAAGUAAAACAUGUCAUGAAAGGCAAUGUAUUUUCAAGCUACAUGUAGAUCUAUAUGUUAAAUAAAAGCUCACAAACUCACAAUGAAAACAUCUUUUUCCUUAGACUUACAUAUAUUUCUAUUAUUUUUGUAAACACUGUUUCAAAUCUAACAGUUCACCAAAAUAUUAAAAAGAAAACACUAUAUCAAGAAAGAUUAUUUGUAAAAUGUUAUUAAAAAACGAACCAUUUUGCAAGAGUACAACACUUCAUUGCAAAGGUAUGUUUUUUUUCUGUAGUAUUGUGUACAUGUAUUAAGUUGUUCAAGAUAUACAUCUUUUUUACAAUUCUAAUAGAUAUGACUUUUAUAAAAGUUAGAAAUAAAUGUAAGCUUGUUGGGAAAAAAAAAUGUUUGCAGAACUUAACUUGGCACGUAACUGUAGAAUGAGGCAUUAUUUUGGCAGUUCUUCCUGUAUGGUAUUACAGUUAUUAUUAGGAUAUUAUAUACCACUCCAUCUCUUUCUAUUAACCCUUACCAUGCUAAAUUUCUAUAAUGGACUGGUCCAUCUUCCAAUAUGGGCAGUACCAUUUAUCAUUUGAAGGGGUGUUUACUAAAAAUUUACUGACUGAAUAGCGAACAGUGCAGACCAUGAUCAGACUGCACGGAUGUGCAGGCUGAUCUUGGUCUGCACUGGUCGCAAAGGCAGAAUCACUUGCCGCCAGCAGGCUAAGGGUUAAAACUGCCCUUAUCACAUAGUUGCAUUUCUGUAUAACCACUUGGGACACAUAGAGGAUAUCUAAAGGGCAUCAUACCAAUUUCAGUAAGUAAGUAAUUACUUGGAAACAUAAUAAAUUAGGCCCCUGGUAAGUCUAUAUUUGAUGGUUAUAACUUUUUGGCAUGGAGUCAGUUAUAUGCAUCAAAAAUGCUUGUUAUAUGUGUUGUGUAAAUUAUUUCUGUCUUUCUUUUGAAAUCCUGUAUUUUGCCUGAAUGACAUUAUUUUUCAGGUGUUGGACAGAAUGAAAUAAUGAUUACAUGUUGUUAAUAUAUUGUUAUAACAUUUUGUUGCUGAUAUCAUCAAUAAAUGCAUUUUUGCUUCAAUGCUUUA